UGUCACUUUCAUAACCACACGCUUGUUCUUUCAUCGCGACCGCCUUCUUGACGACGUUCUGUAUGGCCACCGUCACCGUCACGAGGUCAUAAAGCGAAAUCGCUGGCAGUCAUGUUCGGCGCGACGAGCGGGUUCGGCGGCUUUGGUGCCAGCCAGAACCAGCAGCAACCGCAGCAACAAGGUCAACCGCAGCAGCAGGCCGGGGGCCUUUUUGGCGCUGCUACAAACACCCAGCAGCAGCCUCAGCAAGCUGGCUUCGGAGGCUUUGGACAACCAGCUCAAACGCCCGCGUUUGGUGCACAGCCAGCCGCUCAGCCCGCAGGCGGUGGACUAUUCGGUGGUGCAGCGAAUACCGGCGCAGUGACAGGUGGUACAGGCUUCACGUUUGGCCAGCCGGCAGCAGGGACGGCUCAGCAGCCUGGCGCGGCGGGGGGUGGCCUCUUUGGGGCCACUCAGGCCAACAAGUCAGCCGGAACUGGAUUCGGAGGGUUCGGGGCUAGUACGACGGGAACUUCCUUUGGCGGGUUUGGCGCAACCUCUCAACCUCAAACAAAUGCGUUUGGCACGAGCACAUCCACCUUUGGUGCACCGAAGCCAGCAGGCACCGGUCUCUUUGGUGCGGCACCUGCAACUACACCGGCGUUUGGCCAGGGAGCGGCUGUGGCCACGCCAUUUGGCGCGGCAGCUGCGCCUGGUACCUCGGUCCCUACAACCGGCACAGCGAGCCCGCCUUACCAGCCGCACGUCAUCACGGAAAAGGACGGUGCCGGCGUCAGCUCACAGACCUUCUCGUACCAGACCAUCACGUGUAUGCCCGCCUAUCAAAAGGCAUCGCUGGAGGAGUUGAGGGUGCAGGAUUAUGCGCAAGGGCGCAAGACCGGUCAGGCUGGGCCAGGUGCACCAGGCGCGACGACUGGAGGGUUUUCAUUCGGCCAGCAGAAUACUGGGCAGACCAACGCCUUCGGCCAGGCAAAUGCAGGGUCGACGGGCACGGGGCUGUUUGGCCAAUCGCAGCAGCAAGCUGGGACAGGCCUUUUUGGACAGCCGCAGCAACAGCAGCAACCUGGCCAGACGGGAGGCUUGUUCGGCCAACAGCAGACGGGGCAGACUGGUACUGGCCUCUUUGGACAGCAGUCCUCCGGCACGGGUCUGUUCGGGCAAACUCAGCAAACGCAGCAGCAACAGCAGACGGGCGGUCUCUUUGGUCAGCCGCAGCAACACCCUGGAGGUGGCCUUUUCGGCCAGUCACAGCAGCAGCAAGGUGCAGCGGGUACCAACACUUUCUCCUUUGGGCAGCCUAGCACCAGCACCGCAACUACAGGCUUUGGCUUUGGUCAGCAAGCAGGUGCCACGGAUGCCAAUAAGCCCGCUGGGACCACCCUCUUUGGCGGUCUAGGCGGCCAGCAGCAGCAGCCGCCUGCGACUGGCGGCUUUUCGUUUGGUCAACCACAACAGCAACAACAACAGACAGGCGGUGCCUUCGGUCAGACUGGCGCGACAGGCGGUGGUCUCUUUGGUCAGCAGAAACCCGCUGGCACUGGACUUUUCGGCGCGUCCACUACCACGGCCACUUCUCAACCGGCUUUCGGCGGCUUUGGCGCAAGCAGCGCGACGAACCAGGCAGGGAAGCCCGCUUUCUCUUUUGGGGGCACCGGCACGACGGGCGCUUUUGGUGCAGCGAGCACGACCGCCUCGCAGCCAGGGCAGACCGGAGGCUUGUUUGGCAAUGCAGGAACGCAGCAGCAGCAACCCGCAGCGGGUGGUCUCUUUGGAGGAGGAGCAUUUGGUGCGGGUCAACAGCCGCAGCAGCCACAGCAACAACAGCAGCAACCUGGCACCACCGGUGGUGUAUUCGGUACCAGUACCACUAGUGGCUUGUUCGGGCAGCAGCCGCAGCCGCAGCAGGUAGGUCAGACGGGCGGUCUCUUUAGUGCCAAGCCUGCAGGUCAGACCACUGGACUGUUUGGCGCCAACACUGCUAGCCAGCAACAGCAGCAGCCCGGCCAAGCGACCGGCACAUUUGGCUCCGGUGGACUGUUCGGAGGUGGAGCAGGUGCGACCAAGCCGGCAUUUGGAACCGGGGGCGGACUUUUCGGAGGAGGAGCAGCUGGGCAGACGGGCGCAACUGCUGGUGGACUGUUCGGUAACACACAACAAGGCGGUGCCACAGGCGGUGGACUCUUUGGUGCCAAGCCUGCUGGUGCGCUGGGCGCAAGCACUGGCUUUGGCGGCUCCACGCUUGGUGGUGGUGGCGGUGGCGGGCUGUUCGCUUCGAGCGGCACGCUCGGCCAGCUGCAAUUGCAACAACAGCAGCAGCAAGCAAAUGUACAAGUCAGCCUCGACCAGAAUCCUUACGGCACCGACUCUCUCUUCGGUUCCCAAGUUCCUACGGGCUUGGCUGCGCAGCAGCCGCUCCCUUUCAAUGUCGCGGUCAAGAGCUCAGCAAAGAAACCACCGCUAAUGGCCAGUGUCUUUUCAUCGCCGCGUGCUUCUGUCAAGGUCACGCGCCUACGCAGUGCCACGCCUAGCCUUGGCUCGAGCCUGCGUGAAGGUACACCUGGUGCCGGCCGCGCAUCGACGCCUGGAGCAGGAGCGCGCUACAAUAGCCCCAGCUUGUUCCGCGGCCUGAGCGAUGAACAGACGCUUGCGCCCCAGGCAUUCGUGUCAAAGCCAAGCGUCAAGAAGCUUUUUCUGGACGACUCGGUCGGCAGCAAUUCCAGCUUCAGUCGUGGUCCUGGGGUACUGCGCACUGGGCGUGCUCGUACGAUCGCGGCAGAGGACCAGACGCGUACUUCCAUCACUACGGGAGCGAGCCCUGCCGCACGCAUGUUUAGCCCUGCGCUAGAGACUUCAUCUGCAAGCGCGCGACGCGCGGCUCCUGUAGUGGAUGAUGACACGAGCCUCUCGCAGAUCGAGAUGCCGCUCAGCGGGACGUCCGCGGACAUUUUCAACACAACGACUGCUGACACCACGACGGACAGUCCUCUCCGUCGCCGUGCUCCCGUCAAUGCUAUUCGUAACGCGUCUGCUGCACCGAGCGGUUCGACGAUCAAGACUCGCCCUCGUGAAGAGGAAGCGGCGGCGGUACCAAAGCUAGAGAUGGGUUACUAUACUCUUCCCGCCCUCAGCGAGAUGCGGACUUGGCCUUUCAACGAGCUCGCGGCUGUCAAGGACUUUAUCGUGGGCCGAAAAGGCUUUGGCGAGAUCCGCUUCUUAAAGCCGGUGGACCUGACGACAGUGCCUGACUUGGUGGACAUCCCCGGCGGCAUUGUCCAACUUCGGCGCAAAGAAUGCUACGUGUACCCUGAACCAGAAGACUGCUCCGGUGACAUUGAUGGCAUGCGCCGGGGCUUCAGGCCGCCAGAGAAGAUGCCGCCAGGAGAGGGGUUGAACCGACCUGCCAUCAUUUCGUUGCAAGGCUGCUGGGCGCUCGACAAAUCAACUCGCGCACCGAUCAAGGAUCCAGCGCACCCGCGGUACAAGCAGCAUCUGGCUAAGCUCAAGAAUCGCGAGGAUGCCGAUUUCGUCAGUUUUGAAGCAGAGCAAGGGACGUGGACAUUCCGGGUCGAGCAUUUCAGUCGCUACGGCCUGGACAUUGACGAAGACGAGGACAAUGCUGCGGAGAAACGGUCUGGGCAAUCGAUGCGGAAGAAGGCAGCGGCGGCAGCAGCAGCAGCUGAUACCACUCGAGCUCGCACUCUUCGACCGAGACCAGCCAAACAGUCGGCCCCAGCCGCUGAAGAGGAAACGUCAGAGGAUGAAGAAGAAGAAGAUGAUGAUGGCGGGAUAGAGAUGGAGGUGAUUGAAGCGCAACAGCCUGCAUUUCAGCCAUUCGCAGCAGCGCUAGGAGUUGAGCCCCGGAAAAUGCAGGUCAUGCAGGCGAGUUUUUUUGGCCAAGGCCCUGAGACCACACCCAAGGAUCUCGGGGCCGUAAAGUCUACGGCCGUUUCUAAGAAGCAGCUUAGGGACAGCUCCCUUGGGACUGGUGUCUUUUCGACCGAGCAUGGGUCAUCUCCGCUUCGAGACGCCGUACAGACGCGCCCUACUUUUUCCCAGCGCCCAUCUGCAGCUGUUGAGCCGCCGGCAAGGAAGUUCACCAAAACGAUCCUUGUCGAGUCAGUCAUUAAAGGGGCCGAAAAACUAGCCCUGGAUCCGGUUUUGGCGCUCGCUCGAAGCUUCCGCCCUGGUUGGGGAUCGUCUGGACUGCUCGUGCACAAUGCCAUCGCGCAAGGCACGAGUGAGCAGCCUGUCUCUCUGUCCACGCUCAGGUUUAGCACUGUCAAAGCCGCGCCGUCUGUCUCGGACAGCGCCAAACAGAUGCUGCAGCUUCAGCUUCAGCACAGCGAUAUCGAAUUUGACGACGUGGAAGGUGUUCCUACCGCAUCUGCACAGCUCGAUGUCCGUUUCAAAGACUUUGCGCAGCAUUUUGCGCCCAACGAACAUAGUCACGAAGCACUGCUUUGGCGUCUUGGUCAGUCGCUUUUUGACGAGAUCGAUCUUGGGCUGCCUGCAGACGCACCUACCGAGUUACGCUCAGCGGCCCUGAGCUUGCGGCGAAAGGCGGCUUUGUCCCGUUGGCUAUCAAAUGCAGUGGCCGCCUCAGUUGAUUCCGAGGUGCGAGGGCACACAGCGGCGGGAAAGACGGCCUCUAUCAUCUUUUCCUAUCUCACGGGCAACCAACUAGAGCGCGCAGCAAUGGCCGCGAUUGAUUCGAGGAAUCUUCACCUGGCGACGCUGAUCAGUCAGCUGCCAGGCGACGAGGAGAUGCGGGUAGACAUAAACGACCAGCUGCGAGCCUGGCGCGAAGAGGGGGUGGACCAUUGCAUUUCGGCUGACUUUCGCAAACUCUACGAGCUUUUCUCCGGUAAUGUCACCAUCUCGCCAGGCACGAUUUCGACCUCACUACGCGGUUCUUCAGAGCCAGUGCCUGACCUCACCAUCGCACAGACACUAGAUUGGAAACGCACGUUUGGCCUCCAUUUGUGGUACCAUAUCCCACACGAGAUACCACUCGAGCGGGCUGUGCAGACAUAUGAAAACGCUGUCAAGAAUGUCAACGGUACUGCCGCACCACUGCCGCCCUAUGCUGAGAGCGCGAAGCAAGCGAGCUCGCGAGACCGGGACAUCCUGUACCACAUGCUGCGCCUCUAUUCGGAUCCUCUCUACGAUCUCGAGUCGGUCCUGUCUCCACGGGGCUACAGCGAGAGCAAGGCGGACUACAGACUUGCUUGGCAACUGUACCUGCUGCUUUCGCGGGUGCUCCGAGUACGGGACUUUACGGAUCGCGUUGAAGUCGACGAGGCGGAAGCUUCGCGCGUGGAGGACGAAGAGGGCACAGUCGUCGAUGGGAACAGCGCAACGGCGGACCUUCUCACCAGCAACCUUGCCGCUCAGCUUGAGCUGGAUGGAUUGACGGAGUGGUCUGCCUUUGCGCUUUUGCACCUCGAGUUGCCGGCGAGCCGUGCAGUGGCGCUGAAAGCGCUGCUCGGGCGCAACAUUGAGCAUCUGACAACCGAGCAGGAAUGCUUCCUCGUCGAACGGCUCUUGAUCCCUCCCGGAUGGGUGCACACUGCGCGAGCUGACGCUGCAGCGGCGCGGAAUGACAAGUACACGCAGUACCAGCUACUCGUGCGCGCACAAAACUUUGUCGGCGCGCACGAGAUUGCUGUGCGCUAUCUAGCACCGGAAGCGGUCGUGCAUGAGGAUCACAACCUUAUCCUCGCGCUUUUUGCCGUCUUUCCGCCGGAGAUCGAGCUACCUGGCUGGCUGUACGGCGGGCAGGUGCUCGUCGAUUGGGUCGCAUGCCAGCGCAACCUGCCCGUGCUGCUCGCUGCGGACAUGCAUGCUCGUUCCCAGUCGCACAAUGAAGGCGUUGCCGAUGGCGACGAUACGGCUGCUGUGGGCGAGAAGAGGCUCAAGAAGCUGACGCGACGCGUGCACGAGCUGAUCGCGCUCGUGCCUAGUUCGCUGUAUCCGGAUGAGCGUCCGUCUGAGGCGGAAGAGGACUGGGGCAACGUCAGCCUCGAAGCGCGCGGUCGUCUGACGCGCUACGUAGCCAAGACGGAGAUGAUGUCAAAGUUGCAGAAUCUAGCGCGCAUCAUCUCUGUCCAUUCAGAAGGCACGGAAGCAGGUGCAGACUGGUCAGGCAGGCUCGAAAAAGGAGAUGCAGACAACGGCGGUAGCGGCAUGGAUAUCCAUCCGCCCGGCAGCGCAAGCGUCGCGCCCGAGGUGGAUUCGGUGCAGGAUGCGGCUCGGGACUAUUGUGCAAUGCUAGUCGGUUGCUAACGCCGCGUUGCAUACCUCUCUGCUGUACAUUCCUCAUCUCAAAUAUCAACAAGCCAAUGAGCAUUGCGCUAUAUCCAA